GGCCUGAAUCCCUCUUCAACCUUCUGCUUUCUGGAGGGGCACCUUCAACCAGCUCCCUGGUGCAUCGGCGGCGGCUUCUUUAGUGGUUAAGAAUAAGUGGAAAUAAACACUUAUACACAGACACAAUGUCCUUCCUGACUGUCAGCAGGCUAGCGCCCAAACUGCUCGGUUCAAAGAAUGCCACUUAUCUCUUCGUGGCUGCUAGAAAUGCCAGCGCAACAACAAAUCUGAAGGAUGUCCUGUCAGACCUCAUCCCUAAAGAACAGACCAGGAUCAAGAACUUUAAACAACAGUAUGGCAAAACCAAUAUAGGACAAGUUACUGUUGAUAUGGUCUAUGGAGGAAUGAGGGGCAUGAAGGGUCUGGUGUAUGAAACCUCUGUGUUGGAUCCUGAAGAGGGUAUCCGCUUCAGGGGCUACAGCAUUCCUGAAUGUCAGAAGUUGUUGCCCAAAGCCCCAGGAGGUCAGGAGCCGCUGCCUGAGGGCCUCUUCUGGCUGCUGGUCACGGGACAGGUCCCCAACGAGGAGCAGGUGAGCUGGGUGUCCAAAGAGUGGGCAAAAAGAGCAGCGCUCCCCUCUCACGUCGUCACCAUGCUGGAUAAUUUCCCCACAAACCUACACCCCAUGUCUCAGUUCAGUGCUGCCAUCACAGCUCUGAACAGCGAGAGCAGCUUUGCACGGGCCUACUCUGAGGGAGUCCACAAGACCAAGUACUGGGAGUUUGUCUAUGAGGACUCCAUGGACUUGAUUGCCAAGCUUCCCUGUAUCGCUGCCAAGAUCUACCGCAACCUGUAUCGUGAAGGCAGCAGCAUUGGAGCCAUCGACUCCAACCUGGACUGGUCCCACAACUUCACCAACAUGCUGGGUUACAGUGACGCCCAGUUCACCGAGCUCAUGAGGCUCUACCUCACCAUCCACAGUGACCAUGAAGGAGGCAAUGUCAGUGCCCACACCAGCCACCUAGUGGGGAGUGCCCUGUCUGACCCCUACCUGUCCUUCAGUGCAGCUAUGAACGGCCUGGCUGGUCCUCUGCACGGCCUGGCCAAUCAGGAGGUGCUGGUGUGGCUGACCGCCCUGCAGAAGGAGAUGGGCGGAGAAGUGUCAGAUGAGAGGAUGAGGGAUUAUAUUUGGAACACACUCAAGUCCGGAAGGGUGGUCCCAGGAUACGGCCACGCUGUGCUGAGGAAGACCGACCCGCGCUACACCUGCCAGCGCGAGUUUGCCCUGAAGCACCUGCCCAACGACCCCAUGUUCAAGCUCGUCGCCCAGCUUUACAAGAUCGUACCCAACGUGCUCCUGGAGCAGGGCAAGGCCAAGAACCCCUGGCCCAACGUGGACGCUCACAGCGGAGUGCUGCUGCAGUAUUACGGAAUGACUGAGAUGAAUUACUACACCGUCCUCUUCGGUGUGUCCCGUGCCCUCGGCGUGCUGGCUCAGCUGGUGUGGAGCAGAGCCCUCGGCUUCCCCUUGGAGCGUCCCAAGUCCAUGAGCACGGAUGGACUGAUGACUUUGGUCGGAGCCAAGUCCGGCUGAAGCGCCACCUUAUAAAGGAAGCUGGGGGGUUAGUGUGAAGGGUGGGAGGAGGUGGAAAUAUCAAAAGGCAGACAUAAGUUGACCCCCUGUCAUUUCCAACCCCAGGGAUUUAUUGGGAUUCAAAGAGACAGUACACUUUUAAUGUAAUAUCACAAAAAGAAGGGCCUUUUAAAUUGUCACACCAUUAGUGUUUAAGCGCGUUAAGUUAAACGUUGACCCGUUUUCUCAUCAGGUCUCCAUAUUUGGAAAAUGAGAGGUGCAUACAUUAGACACACAUAGGUACAUGUAACCCGCAUUCGGCUCAAACUAUGUACCGCUCUUGAGUCUGCGAGCAUCGCUAAGAUUUCCCGGAGCAGUGCCUGCGUGUUUCUCAUUGAGCGCCGGGUCUAAGCUAAGAAUAGGCAGUGGCAUUCAAAGGGAAUUGUGGGAGUGAACUAUGCUUCCUUUGUAAUUUGUUUAAAGUUAAAUACCUGACCCGACCUAUGCUGCUUUUGGCUCGUGCAGUGAUCGGUUUAAAGGUCGUCCCCAAGCAAAACACCAAGACUCUCAACUUUAGGUUUUCUUCUAUGCAACGUCGUCAUCUCACCCACUUGAUCCAUGUGUUUCACUCCCACUAACGAACACUCCAGCUUAGAAAUAAAAAAAAAGGUCCUUACCAGUUAAACUUGUAGCUUUCAGUUCAAGAACAAUAUUCCAACAAUAUUCUAAUCAGUUAAAAGAUACUGCCCCUUUAAAUCUGUUUCUCCAACUUGUAAUUGUUGUUUUUUUUUCUUUUUAAAUGUGACCUUAUAUAACCUCUAUGAUCAAAAUAACUCACCUAUAUAGUUUUCUUUGCUCCUUCUCCCUUAUCAUGCUUUACUAUUUUAAUGGGUUUUCUGUGCUCAAAGGGUCUUAUGAAUGGUAGAGAGUCCAGAGUAAUGUACAGUAAUAACGCAGAGGGUGUUGUAAUUGGCAGCCUGUAGUGAAUCCUUAAGAGCAAGCUUGAAUGAAAAGUGGGAUGGGAGGGCUUUGCAUUUGUUAAAGUCCGGUCUUAUUUGAGUGUAUGUUUGUUACUUUAUCCCCACAGGAGAGCGCUUUAAACAUCAACUACUCCAAAAUGAGCACUUGCUUGAUUGGAUUCCCUAAUUUCGUAGCAGUAGAAACCCUCCCAGGUUGAUUGAGUCCCUUUUCACAGAGGGUUGUUUUUUUUUUUUUUGUUUUUUUUUGGUGUUGAAUAUGUAUAAAACUAUAAUCAUUGGGUUCUCAUUUUGUGGUUUUAUUUAUACUUUGUGUACAUAGGUAUAUAUAUGUAUAGCUUGAAUGUAUGAGCUUUGUGCGAUCACUUGCUUGUAAUAACCACAAUGAGUACCACAGUUCACCCUCGGUGUAACCGUGUCCGGUCCGACCGGUCACUGAAAUUCUAACAACGAACAAAAAGAAAAACUGCAGCUUUCUUGUAUAUACACAUUUUCUUGCCUGGCUCUGUGGACUUAGCUGGUGCUGAUCUUCAGGUGUUUCACUUGAAUGUUUCAAGCUUGCUCUUAAGCUCGAGGUUUGUCGACACUCCAUUUUUGUGUAGCUUUAGGUUCUUGCAUUAUUUCCCCCACCAAACGACGCUGUAGCCGCGUUCGCUGUCCGCCGUUCACCGAUGUCUCUGUCCCUCUGCUGCCGUCGUCCAUCUGGCUUAAUCUGCCGCGUCUUUGUCGCGUUCGUCUGUUGCGUUGAGGUGUUCGGGAGUGGUGGUUAUUUUGAUCGUAGAGGAACAUAAAGGUUGUACAUGGUAACUGGGGGAGUUUGUUGCAGGUGUGUUCAUCCGAGAAACACUUUGUGGAUGGGGCCGGACGGGUCAAAUGGGCAAGAAAAGCUUAAAGACCAAUUAUUGGAAAACUUAACAAAAAAUGAAAAAUAAAGGUUUUUAUUAACA